UUCUCGCCCAGUGUCGUUUUUCUGAUACCUGAAACAUGGGAUCGACCUGAAGUCCAUGUGCUCGUUUCUCGAAGGAUAACUAUUUGUUUUAGAAGUCGUGAGAUUAUCGCGGACCGUUUGACAGUUACGCUUGACUGUAGAAUGGUAUCGAGAAAUAUCACAGGGCAUCCCAAGUCAAAACAUCCCCUAAUCUGAAACUGUCCUGGAGGUUUUGGCACCCGGCGAAGCAAACACAUCACCGUUUGGGUCUUUCAGAUCGCGUGUCGAAAAAUCGAUAUCUGGUGAUAUGCACGGCGGUUUAAAGAGGUCAUUUGUGACGUCAUGUGUCGCUUUAGAAAACCCGACGGCAGCCAAGAAAGCAUCGUCAGAGAGGACCUGAAGCAGCUAUAAAUAGUUCUGACCAACCGAGCGAGACUUGUACCCACAGGACGUUAUUUUCUGGCUGACCCCGAGAAGCGAGUCUGAAGAUUGUAGAUUCGCCAUACGUGUCAGCGAGUUGUGUUCUGUGCGAUCUGCCCCGGUCGUUCACACUCCACUCCCAAUGGCGGGGGGCACGACGAGUGAGACGGAGCCCAUGACGGGGGAGACGAGGAGAGACGUCCAUCAGAAGAGUCGCUGCCUCGGGAAGAAAUGCUGCGUGGUGUCCCUAGUGAUUUUGUUCCUCUUCCUGACCUUCAUCGCCCUCCCUGGAGGUGUGAUGCUGAUCGUCCAUGGCGGGAAGGCCAGACGGAAAGGGACGCUCGCUGGAGGAAUCGUUCUUGUGUGUCUCCCAGUACUAGCAACGAUAGGUUUAUUAGCUGCCUUUUUCGGGAGGAGAAGAAUGCAAAAAUUACGUGCCCAGAAUGCUGUGACAACCACAGACCCCGUCUGAGAGUUAUCUGUUUGUAAGGUGUGAAUGACGCAGAUAUGACUGUCUCCGUGAUGACAUGUAUGACUGAUCUGAAGAUGCUGAAGAUGAGGCAUCAGUUCUGGACUUUUAUACCUGGUUGCUGUUGAUGGACUAUGCCACCAGUGGACACUUUAUAUCAGCAGACAAGACAUUGACCGUUUGUCAGUGCAUCUUGUUCACGUUGGUCGUGUCAGUGACAUCGAUGAUACAUAUGAAUGAUCCGAAGAUGAUGAGGACGAGGCAUCAGCUCUGGACUUUUGUACCUGGUUGCUGUGGAAGCUACAGGAAAUGAGGACUAGUCCACCAGUGGACACUUUGUAUUAUCGAACAAGACAUUGACCGUUUGUCAGAGACCUUGUUCACGUUGGUCAUGUCAGUUACAACGUAGGGAUGACAUAUAUUUGUGCAAUGGAGGAAGAAGACCAAAGGUCAGGGUAGUGAUAUACACACCGUGCGUAUGUUGAGUACUAUUAAUCAACUAGUGGAGGGACACACAUAGACAUAGGCAUGUGCUGUCCCGACAGGGAAGAUUUAGUGAACCGCUCAAUAGGUCAGGCCACUUGGGAAGAGCUGUUUCUGGCGCCACACAAUCACAAGGCCACAACCCGCAUGGUGUGUUGAUGAUUGAACAAUACUCGUUUACAAACUGUUGAAAAAAAGCAACGAACGUGCAAAGUGUAAAAAAGGCAAUCAGUAUUUUAACUCAUCAAAUUAUGUACAAAUGGGUAUCGUCAUGGUGAAAAAAUUGGACUCGAAAGUGUUCGGGAAACAAUGACAUAAGUUGUCUGCUUUAGUGCUCAGAAACAACCAGAGUGGACAACCAAGUUAUGUACGGUUGUUGUGUCACACGGGGUCAAGGUCGUGGCCAUUGUAAAAAAUGACACGUACAACGAUUCUCGUCAUCUCAAGCAUGGUGAUAUGAGGGACUCGCUAUUCACAUACUUAACUGGAGAUAUUUACCACGCUUGGAUAGGUCAACAGAACUUAUUUAUGAAUUCUUUGAUUCUAUUAUUUCACAAAAAGGAACAAAAGAACGUUUGAUUUUUAUAUUGAGACAUUCUGUUAAGAAAAAACCUGAAUGUACGUUUAUGAAGACUGAUAUCAUAAUAAAACAUGACAUCAACCAGUAAAACACAUUACAGAGGCGCUCUGUUUGGAUGACGUUGUGAUCAUUGAGACCAACCUGAUCAUUGUGACUUUUGUAGGUGAGAUGCUAGUUUAGUGAACUUUGGUAAAGCUGUCCAUUUGUUCCAAGGGAACAUAUUGUCGGACUUAAGUUUUUGACAGGAUUCAGUAAGCAGUGUGUGGUUACAACAAUCGUUUAUUCUGUGUCCACUUUCAGAUCAUGGGAGUCGACUGCAACCCGUGUUGUACAACCCAAUGUAUUGCUCAAACAAAAGUUCUAUGUGUAAUCGUUUUUGUUGACCUAUAUUAACCCAUUCUCUUUCGUUGGAUCAAGUGUUUUAUAUACACAAGCAUUGUGAAUCUUUGAAUCUACUUUUAUACUCAAGCAUCUUCAUAUCUUUGGAUCUUGCUUCAUACUCAAGCAUCUUCAAAUCUUUGGAUCUGAUGUUAUACUCAAAGAUCUUGAAUCUUUGGAUCUACUUUUAUACUCAAGCUUCUUGAAUCUUAGGAUCUUGGAUAUUAUACUCCAGGAUCUUGAAUCUUUGGAUCUUGGCUGUUAUGCUCCAGGAACUUGAAUCUUUGGAUCUUGGAUGUUAUGCUCAAGGAUCUUGUAUCUUUGGAUCUUGGAUGUUAUACUCCAGGAUCUUGAAUCUUAGGAUCUUGGAUGUUAUACUCCAGGAUCUUGAAUCUUGGAUGUUAUACUCCAGGAUCUUGAAUCUUUGGAUCUUUGAUGUUAUACUCCAGAAUCUUGAAUCUUGGGAUAAUGAUCUAGUGUUAUUUUCAAGCAUCUUGAAUCGGUUGUAAUUUAACCUGGUAGCAGUCCCCUAAGAUAAAUUCGAAAAUUGUUCUUUAUAAAAAGUUCCGAAACAAACCCCCAAGGCUACAUGUAUAUGUCUUUCAUAUGCUCUGUCACUGAAUCAACGGAAGCCUAGGUCUAGAGAGGUUUUGUCAGGGAACUGUGAUGUGGGAACUAGUCACUUGGAUCAGAGGGUAAUACGUAUGAACGUUUGAAACAGCUUAUCGCGUGCACAAGUUCUGGAGGAACGGACAAAUAUAAUGACAGUAAAGACCCUGUGUUUCUAUUGUGUAGAAAGUAGGGGUAAGCUUUCAGUGUUGUAAAUUUAGCCUCAAUGACCAUCCUUCAAAUUCACCUCCCAGUAAGUAAGCACGAAAACUAGUAUACAUAUACAACUAUCUUGAUGGCUCAGUUUCCCUGCUCACUGUUAACUGACAAGCAUGAUGCAGCAUCGUCUUCAUCUUUCAAUGGCCAAGAUAUGAGUGACAUUCGUUCAAUUUCUGUUCUCUUUCAAUACUUCGGUACUGGUACUGGUACUGGUACGUCGAGCAGGCGAUACACUAUUAGGAAGGGCAUGGCUUUAGCAUGUAGCUCUACAGAUGACGUUGAAAUCCAUGACAAGCCCGAGUUCAUAAAAUAUGCACUUCCUUCAAAAGGAUGUUACUUUUAAAUAUGCCUCAAUUAAUUUCAUGUCUAAUAUUUCGCCUGACUUAUUAUAUCUCGUUGCUAAGUAACGUGGUUUACUGUAUACUGUGUAGCCUAUAGGUAAAUAAACACUGAUCAAGUAUGUAUAUUUUGUAUGUAUAAAGUUUUGUUUCCGUGGUAGAAUUCUUACAUUUCAGCAUGCUAGAUCAUUAUUUACAUAAGAAUUAAAAACAUGAAACGUCACCAUUGUAUGAUCGUAUAUUUUCAAAAAAUUAAUUUACAUUGAGAAUAUUGAUUAAGAUAUACAUACAUGUAUUAUCAGUUAUGUUUUUAUUCAUUGCGGUCCUAUUUUAAAAUCAGUAUUUCCGAUGGAUAUUCUUUGAUGUAUAUAUAUAUUGUAUAUUGUAUUCAGCAUUACCAUAUGUAUAAAAGAACCCUGCUGUACAGUUCUGUGAUAGAGGCGAGCGGGUUUCUAUGUGUAGACAGCCAGUUAAAGACGCCGUACACCUAACACGGAAACAUUUCAAAACUGAUAUAGAGUUUAUUUCUUGUGAGAUUUAUAUCAUUUUUUACAUGUUUAUCAAUGAAAUGAUUCGAAGACGACAGACGGAAAACUUAUUUUCAUAUGCCGUGGACGUGAACAGUAGGUUGAUAUGUUUUAGUUUCGUGUAGUUUAUGUCACGGUUCGUGUUGUUGUCGUAGGCCACGUCGCGUGAGUGGCAGACCACGUCGGGCGUAUCGCUGUCCACGUCGGGUGAGUCAUGGCAUGGUAGGGGUCAAAUUGGCGGGAGCCUGCUACCGAACUACUGAUUCUCAUUAAGUACCGAUGUGCGUUAAUUAAAACAAUAUUCACUCGCUCAAUGAACGAGACACACGCCCGUAUGGCAGUCAGGCCGUGUUAUGUGUUCCAACGAAAGAACGAGUGAUGUACGUCCCUCGGUCGACUGAGGUUCGUUGUGUUGUAUGUGACGACUUGCUCAUGUUAUCUGUCUCGAUCGUUUACUCAAGAUGGCUAUUUUAUCUGGAUAUGUUCCUCAUACUCAUGUUCAUGAAUAAACAAAACUGAGAUGUUC